GUCAUAAUUAAUUUUUGUCCGCGCAAACGCAAAGUGCGAACAACGCGCGCGCACACGCACGCAAAAACACCACACACGUGUGUAACGUAGGGGAUGGAAGAAGGGGAGAGAGCAAACCCGAGGAAGAGAGCUCUCUCUAAGAACCUCUCUCAAAUGAAGUUCAUGAAGAGGCACACUCUUGGGAAUGCAGAGGAAGAGGUUGAUUCUGUGGGAGGUGUCCUGACAGAAAAAUGGGUGGUCCCUGAUGCUCCUCCUUCUGCCAAGUGCUCUACCAUUAGAAAAAGGAUCGACAGUUUUGUUGAAUGUGAGGAACUUGACACUUUUGGACGCUACUCUUACAACGGGUGCAACAAGGAAAUUGAACGAUUGGCCCGGUCCCGCCUUACGGCAGGGAGUCCAUCAGUCGUAGAGCCUGAAGAGGACGCUGAUGUUACUGCUGAAGAAGUCGUUCAAAGGCAUGAGGUAAUGGGCUUGAAGAGAGGGGAGCGAAAGAGACGGAGAGAAAAACACUUUGAGAAGAUUCUGGACAAAAAGUGGAGUUAACAUGUUGGAACGUUUUAUAAAUCUGUCAUUUUACAGUGUGAAGAUGCCGAUUUGUGAUUAAUUCUUGCUAAAAAGAUGAUAAAAAUGCACUAAACUCAAAAUCAAAAAAUGGAUGCUAUAUAUAGUGAUUAUGCAAUGCUCUCCUUUGCACUGGCUGGCUUUCCUGGAUCCUGAUUCGUCUGAGUUAGCUUUGUCAGUUCCUUUCGCGCCUUCCGAAAGACAUAGACCAUCAGUACGACGCUGAAGAGGACUUGUGCUAUCAAAAUGAUGUAGCCGUCGAUCUUGUUGCCCAGGACUUCCUGCAUGUUGCGCACCGUACUCCCCAUGUACGUGUUGAUGCACUGGGUGGGUAUGAGACCGAUGGAGGAGCCGGCUAGGAACCGCCAGUAACUGAUGCUCGUCAUUGAAAAUAGAACAUUUUGAAGACCAAAGGGGACGGGUGUUAGUCGUGUCAAGACGAUCACCUUCAACCCGUUCUUCCCCUCGACCACUCUCAUGAUAGCCUGCAUGGCGUUGGAUGUCACGAUGCGCUGUGCGUACUCACGGAACCAUAUCCGGCAGAAAAAGAAAGACACGGUCAUGCCUAUUGUCACUGAAACCAUCACCACAAGCUGCCCUUUCAUGAACCCAUAGAGAUACCCUGCGACCAUGUUGAGGACUAUAUAGCCAAUGCCAAAGGGGAAAGCGAUGACGGUGAAGAGAAAGACAAAUAUCACGGUGCUCUCGAACCAAGGGAGGUGUUCUAAGAGAUCGAGAAGCUGGGAGAGAUGGCUCCUGGCUAACACGACAAAAACGACACCGAUGAAGAGAAAGACGAGAAAGGGGCUGGAGAGCCGACCCCAGAGUAAGUACUUUUCUAAGGGAGUCCUUUGCUUCGGGGGUGAGGUGGGCGGCCUCAGUAACGUAUCCUUGGUUUCCCCAGCCUCCGAGGGAGAACUGGGGAAGAUCUCCUCGAGGUUUUCUGACAGGAACUCUUGAAAGUGGAUCGGAGCGAAGGCGGCGUCUCCCACACAGCGUUCUAUAAAGGCCAGACCGGAGUCUUCGGGGUCCUGCGAGAGAUUGGUGCUGUUGACUUCGUCAGCGUUGUCCGAGUCUUCCGGACGGGCCGAGCUAUCGGACGUGGCCGCGAGGCUUGAGGAACUUCCUAAUAGUCUGAGGUGGGUGGGGAGUUGUAAGAACUGCCCGGCGGUAGACUGCCCGUCUUGUCCCUCGCCUUCAUCCGCCAUUACCACAGAGAGAGAGAGAGAGAAAAAGAGGACGUGGCGGCGAAUGAUCUCACACACACCCCCGAGCGAUCACACCCAAACCCCGUCAUGUGCUCAAUUGGCAAGUUAUUAUAGGGACUAACUCUCGGCCGUGCGGGCUAUGAGGCUGGCCACGAAACGACUUCUUCUGAGCGCUUUAGAGUCGCAGGAGACCUGUGCAAACCCCUCUCCUCCAAUCUCGGAGGUGAGCAUCAUUUGCCUAGCCAGCCUUGGGUGCCCAGUCACGUGAGUUGAUAAUGAAAGUAGUACUCUAUUGUCAUUGCCCCCUCCCUCUCCCUCUUGUCCCUCUCAUCAGGGGUAUUACACGUGUGAUAUCAACAGACUCGGUCCACAUCUAGCACCGUAUUGGAGAGGCCUGGAGCUGGAUCAGGAGACGAGGGGUUUUCUGAGCGAGAGCCGACGAAAGUCUGCCAACGUCUGUCUUCAACUCCUCUACGGUGCAGUGUAUCUCUUCCUCUGUAUGUUCCUCUCCUUCACAGAUAUCAAUGGUCUUCUUGAGAAAGGGCGAAUGUUUGUCUUUUCCGUGGCCCACCUCUCGGUCCUCCUACCUCCCUCUCUCUCUCCUCCCUCUCUCGUACUCGACGUUGGAUCAGGUGACGGUCAUGUGACUGACAAACUAAGAGCACACCUUGGACCCGGAACAGUCCUCCACGUGACCGAAGCCUCGGCCAUAAUGAGGCGAGUUCUCCAGAAGAAAGGAUACAAAGUCCUAGAUGUGGAGAGGUGGCAUGGAGAGGGGUUCACCUACGACCUGAUAUCGUGUCUGAACGUGUUGGAUCGCUGCGAUCGGCCGCACAGCCUGCUGCGGCAGCUACACGGGAAAUUGAGAGAUGGAGGAAUCUUGAUACUGGCAGCCGUCUUCCCCUUCAAGCCAUUCGUGGAGAAAGGCCCUCGUCAGGCCCCGCCCACCGAGAAGCUCCCCGUGAGGUGUGAGAGGUGGGAGGAGGGGGUGAGUGACUUGGUGACUGAGGUGCUUCACCCCCUCGGAUUCUCCCUCCUCUCCAUCUCCAAACUCCCCUACCUCUGUGAGGGUGACCUCCACACCAACUGGUUCGCUCUGCAGGACAUCAUUCUAGUACUCUCCAAAGACAAAACUACAAACUAACUUUAUCGUCACGUCCACAUGCUGCUUCCAAUGAUCGACUUUCACAAUUAUUUUUCUUUUCAGACAUUCAAUUUUUGUGUGAUAAUAAUUAUGUCCGAGAUUAAAUCCAAGAAGUAUA